AUGUUCUGUCUCAGAAGCUGGCUCCCGCUGCUCUUCAUCCCGACCAACGCGCCGCCAAUCUUCUGUUUCUUCGACCUAUCCUCGAAUUGGUUUGAGCCGCGGCAUUCGAUAUCCUCCCUCGAUCUCGGCAAUGGGGAGUUCAACAGCACUCUGGCAGAUAUGGUCUUCUCAACUGUCACCGGGCUAACCGGUGUUGCUGCCGAUGAACUCACUAGACAAAGACAAGAAUGGACGGGGCUCGGUCUUGAGUGGCUUAGGAGCCUUCUCGGCCGACGCGAGUGGAGGAUCGACUGCAUGCUUCUCAACAUCAGGCUUUGA